ACCUCGCGGACCGCUAGGCGCUCUCGUGAGCUAGCUGCUUUAGAGGGCUGCGGUGGUCUGAGCGGGCAGCCUCUGCCAGGCGCCGAAGGGGCGAUGGGCCUCUCUGGCCGGCUGUUGCUGUGGCUCGGAGCUUCAGGGAUCAUUCUGUGCUCCAGCUCAGGGAUCCAAGGGCCUUUUCUUCCAUCCUCGCCCCCUCUGCUGUUAGGUCCCAGCCCCUGGGACCCAAAAGUUACGGCUCUGCCUAGUGGACUAGAGCCCGGGUACUCUCCAGGUCCUCUAGGCACUGAAGGGCCUUGGCGGUUCUCCACCUGCGGUGCCAGUGGCCCUCAGGGGCCCACACAAGCACAGUGCGACAGGGCGUACACGGGGAACAGCGUGGUGGUGUCGGUGGGGGACUCCGGUCCGCUUCGAGGCGUGCAGCUGUGGCGGGCGCCAAGCACAGGGCAUUAUCUGAUCUCAGCCUACGGAGCUGCGGGCGGCAAAGGCGCCCAGAGCCACCUGCCGCGGGCGCGCGGUGUCUUCGUGUCAGCGGUCUUUUCCUUUGGUCGUGGGGAGACGCUGUUCAUCCUGGUGGGACAGCAGGGGGCGGACGCCUGCCCGGGGGGAAGCCCGGAAAGUCAGCUCGUGUGCCUCGGAGAGUUGGGGCUGGCCGAAGAGCAAGCAGCGACAGAGGCGACCGACAGCAGCCCGGGGUCGCACCGCUGGGCGGGCGGGGGCGGCGGGGGCGGGGGCGCCACCUAUGUCUUCCGGCUGCGCGCCGGCCAGCUGGAGCCCUUGCUGGUGGCGGCCGGAGGUGGCGGUCGCGCCUACCUGAGGCGGCAGGUCGGCGGCCGCCCCCAGGCCGCCCCCGAGAGACUAGAGAACCGUAUGGAGGCGCCCGGGAACAGCGGCAGAGGCGGAGCGGCAGGUGGCGGAGGCGGCUGGGCGUCGCGGGCUCCUUCCCUGCAGGCCGGCCGCUCACUGCACGAAGGAGCCGAGGGUGGCCAGGGCUGUGCGGAAGCCUGGGCCACGCUUGCCUGGGCCGCGGCCGGAGGCUUCGGGGGCGGCGGCGGGGCCUGCACUGCCGGCGGUGGAGGCGGCGGCUACCGGGGAGGUGAUGCUUCAUCAACUGACAUCUUCUGGGCUGAUGGGGAAGAUGGGGUGUCCUUUGUACACCCCAGCAGUGAGCUCUACCUGCAGCCUCUGGCAGUCAUGGAGAGCCAUGGAGAAGUGGAGAUUCGAAGACAUCCCAACUGCAGUCAUUGCCCUUUGAAAGACUGCCAGUGGCAGGCAGAGCUCCAGCUGGCUGCGUGUGUGUGCCCAGAGGGCAUGAAACUAGCUGUGGAUAACAUUACUUGUACCGAUCUGCCCAGGCCCCCGAGCCCUGUGGUUCUGAUGGUGGCUGUGAUAGCGACCUUGACACUGACGCUCCUCAUGGCUUGUGGGGCCCUGAUCCUAGUGAGCCAGAAGAAGUGGCAGGGCCUGUGGGGGACAAGGCUUCCUGACACUGAGCUUGAGCUGAGCAAACUUCGAACCUGUGCCCUCAGGACGGCCCUCAAUUCCUAUUACUGCCAGGUGGGGCUUAGUCCGGCCCAGUCCUGGCCUUUUGGACUCCCAGAGGUUUCCCCAGCCAAUGUCACUCUGCUCAGCGCGCUGGGCCAUGGCGCCUUUGGGGAGGUGUAUCAGGGCCUGGUAACCGGCCUUCCUGGGGAACCCAGCCCCCUGCAGGUGGCUGUCAAGGCUCUGCGGAAGCUCUGCUCUCCCCGGGAGGAGCUGGACUUCCUCAUGGAGGUGCACAUCAUCAGCAAGCUCAGCCACCAGAACAUUGUGCGCUGCGUGGGGCUCAGCUUCCAGGCUGCGCCUCGCCUCAUUCUUCUGGAGCUGAUGUCUGGAGGGGACAUGAAGACUUUCCUGGUGGAGAGCCAGCCUCAUUUGACCAGCAUGGACUUCCAUACCCUCUGUCUGACCCAGGGCAAACCAUCACCUCUGGCCAUGCAGGACCUGCUGCAGCUGGCCCUGGACAUAGCCCAGGGCUGCCACUACCUGGAGGAGAAUCACUUCAUCCACAGAGACAUUGCUGCCCGGAACUGCCUGCUAAGCUGCACUGGGCCUGGCCGGGUAGCCAAGAUUGGAGACUUUGGGAUGGCCAGAAAUAUCUACAGGGACAGUUACUACCGCAGGGGUGGCCCCGCCUUCCUCCCAGUCAAGUGGAUGCCCCCGGAAGCCCUUCUGGAGGGCAUCUUCACAUCCAAGACAGACUCCUGGUCUUUUGGGGUGCUGCUCUGGGAGAUCUUCUCACUGGGGUACAUGCCUUACCCUGGGCGCACCAAUCUAGAGGUGCUGGACUUCGUCACUGCAGGGAGCCGGAUGGACCCCCCUCGGGGCUGUCCGGGGCCAGUGUACCGUAUCAUGACCCAGUGUUGGCAGCAUCAGCCUGAGCUCCGCCCCAGUUUCGCCAGCAUCUUGCAGCACCUCCAGUACUGCACUCAGGACCCUGAUGUGCUGAAUUUGCCCCUGUCAAUGACUCUGGAGCCUAUUCUGGAAGAGGAAGGGGCUUCUGGGCUGGAGAAUAGGUCUUGGGAGGAUCCCAGAUCCCCAGAACCCCAGAGCCAGAGUCCAAAGACCCCAAAAAGCUUGGAAGGAAGCCAUCUUGGCUACUGGCUGUCCUCUGGCCUCAAGCCCCUCAAACCCAGAGGCCUCCAACCUCAGAACCUUUGGAAUCCGACCUAUGGUUCCUAGGCCCAGAGGGCCCUGAAGGUGAGCACUCAGCACUGAUCUUAGCGAAGGCUCCUCCACUGCUUCCUGGGUUUCCACAGUAGCUUGUUAUCUCAGUAGCCUCUGUCUGCUGCAGCCUUGAGGCAUGCCUGGGUCUGUCUCAGGGUCAUCCUGGCCACACUGGGCUUUCUAUGCUGGAAAUAGCCCCAGGGGUCAGCAGGGAGACCUGGAUUCCUCUUUCCCAUGAGGGACAUCCAUCUGAGAAGCUCCUAACCCUACAAAUGUUUCUAAUAAAAGCUCU